AAAUCAGAAGGGGAUCGGAACAGACACAACUGCAUCUGCAUACAGCUGCUGGGUGCUGCUAACUGCAUCACCGGCCUCACCUCACAUACCUUCCCCUCCCUUCACCACCACCACCUUUAAUACCUCACCCUCCUCUCCUCUUCCCCUUCCCGGCCUGCUCCUCCCCGGCCCUCACAUCCUCUUUCAGUUCCCUCUCUGGAUCUCUUCCUGAAGAGAGGCACUGCCACACCACCACGCCACCCAUGCUCAACAUGAUGACCGAUCUGAGCUGCGGGCCGUCGUCCAAGGCGAAAGGAGGGCAGCCGGCGGCGGCGCCGGGCUCCGGCGGCGACAGGCAGGGGAGGGGCAAGAUCGAGAUCAAGCGCAUCGAGAACACGACGAACCGGCAGGUCACCUUCUGCAAGCGCCGCAACGGCCUGCUCAAGAAGGCGUACGAGCUCUCGGUGCUCUGCGACGCCGAGGUCGCGCUCGUCGUCUUCUCCAGCCGCGGCCGCCUCUACGAGUACGCCAACAACAGUGUGAAGUCCACCAUUGAGAGGUACAAGAAGGCCAACAGUGACACCUCCAACUCUGGCACAGUUGCAGAAGUCAAUGCUCAGCACUACCAGCAGGAGUCCUCCAAGCUGCGCCAGGCGAUCGAUAGCUUGCAAAACGCAAACAGGACCAUAGUGGGAGAUUCAAUCCACACCAUGGGCCUCAGGGAGCUUAAGCAGAUGGAGGGCAAGCUGGAGAAGGCCAUAAACAAGAUUAGAGCUAGAAAGAAUGAGCUCUUGUAUGCUGAAGUUGAAUAUAUGCAAAGAAGGGAGAUGGAUCUGCAGACUGACAACAUGUACCUGAGGAGCAAGAUCGCCGAGAAUAAUAAUGAAACGGGGCAGCCAGCGAUGAACAUGAUUGGAGUGCCGUCGACGAGCGAGUACGAUCACAUGGCCUCUUUUGUUGACUCGAGAAACUUUCUUCAGGUGAACAUGCAGCAGCAGCAGCCUCAGCACUACUCCCAUCAGCUGCAACCAACGACCCUCCAACUCGGAUGAUGAAAUUAAGAAUCUUCGGCCAACAAUCCAUGCACGCAAGCACGCAGUAAAUCAUGUGUGUCCAACUCAGAUAAAAAAAUCUACUCUAGCGUUUGUAUAAUUAUUAAUAAUCGUGACUAGUAAACUGUUAUAUAUAUAUGUAUAGCCAUGUGUGUGGUGGCGCCUACAUAUAUGUCAUGUGGCUGUACGGCGAGUUUUUUUUUCACAAGCGUUUGCAGCAGCAUUUGGUGUUGCUCAUCGAUCAAUUAAUCGCAAGAAAUUAAACUUGUCACCACUGUGGGUGUACGUGUUAAUGCAGUUGUUGUAUCUGUUAAUUGUACCCUCCAUCAGAUAAACGCGGGUGCGCGUAUGCAUACUUAUUUAUGUGUAUGAUUAUUUGUGUGGUUUA